ACGGCUCUAUAAAAGCCUGACUGGUGCUUAAAAAAAAAAACAUGACAGACUUGAUUUAUUCUUUAAGAGGAGAAAAUUUUUCAAAUAUCAACAAAUAGUAUUCCUGCCAUGAUCCCAAAAGUAUUUGAUACACAUCAUACGGACACAACCUUAUGAUUGCUUCUAGGUGAUUAGCUGAUCUCAACACGUUUAAUGGUCUAACUGAAAACGAAGUCGCGACACGUCAACCUCCAAAGAGAUGGAUGAUUUUCAUAAAUUUGCACUAUUUUUGGUCUCUUCAUUAUGUACAGGUCCUUUACAAUCAGCGACUGGAUCAUCCCAACGUUAUAGAAGAUCCAAAAACAUCUCAAAAACAGAAGAAUUGUCAAACAAUUUUACCUUGAUGUUAAACAAAACAGAUAUUCAACAUGAUGACUCUCUGCAAAAUGUUGUCGAUUUGUUGCAAGAUACUCUUGCCUGGUACAAAGAGAUAUCGUUCACAGAAGUUCAGCAUAAAAUAAUAACAGAACAGAAACGGAAAAAGUUGAUCUACGCAACGGCAAACGCCUUUCAGACCUUUGCUCUCAGAUAUGGCCGACACCAUCUGAACGAAUCAAAGCCAUGGAUAAGGAAGAGUUACGAUAAAAUCCGCG